AGGGGCGGGACCGUGUCCCCGCCCCGCAUCCGACCCCGCGCACGGGGAUAAAACCCGGGCGGCGGCGCGCGGGAACCCCGGGUCCUGCUGGCUCCCGAGCGCCGGGAGGCGGGGCCGGGACCGACCCGCUGCCGGCGCCCCCGCCCCUCGGAACCCGCUCGGGGAGUGGGUCGCCCCGCGCCGGGACACGCGACGGCCAGGGCGCCGAGCCGGUACCUUGAGCCGAGCAAUGAAGAGAGCCCAGGAGAACCCUCUGGAGCCGGCCGAGACGUUUCCUGCGCCCGGGGUGGCUGCCGCCGCCGCGGCUGCUUGAAACUCCCCAAAGUUGAGAGCCAGCGAGAGGCUGCCGCCCGCCGGGAGCAGGAGGGAAAGGAACUCGGAAAAGGCAGGAGGGACGGACAGAGACAGACAGACUCACAUACCUUCAGAAGACACCACCGUCGGCGGCCUAUCCUCAGAGCCGGUGAGGCUUUUCAGCUCUGUUCACUGGUGGGAGGCUGAGCUGGUGGAAAGGCGCCAGGAAGAGACUUGGAGGCGACCAUAAUGUCUUUACGUUUACACACGCUGCCCACCCUGCCUGGAGUUGUCAGACCGGGCUGCAGGGAGCUGCUGUGUUUGUUGGUGAUCACGGUGACCGUGAGCCGUGGUGCCUCCGGGGUGUGUCCCACUGCUUGCAUCUGUGCCACGGACAUCGUGAGCUGCACCAACAAAAACCUGUCCAAGGUGCCUGGGAACCUUUUCAGACUGAUUAAGAGGCUGGAUCUGAGCUAUAACAGAAUCGGGUUCCUGGAUGCGGAGUGGAUUCCAGUAUCAUUUGUUAAGCUGAACACCCUCAUUAUUCGUCAUAACAACAUCACCAGCAUAGCCACAGGCAGUUUUUCCACAACUCCAAAUCUGAAGUGUCUUGACUUAUCAUCCAACAAGCUGAAGACCCUGAAAAGUGCAGUGUUCCAAGAGUUAAAGGUUCUGGAAGUGCUCCUGCUUUACAACAAUCACAUUUCCUAUCUGGAUCCCUCAGCUUUUGGAGGGCUCUCCCAGUUGCAAAAACUCUACUUAAGUGGAAACUUUCUUACGCAGUUCCCCAUGGAUUUGUAUGUUGGAAGGUUCAAGCUGGCAGAAAUGAUGUUUCUAGAUGUUUCUUAUAACCGAAUCCCCUCCCUGCCAAUGCACCACAUUAAUUUAGUACCAGGAAAGCAGCUGAGAGGCAUCUACCUUCAUGGAAACCCAUUUGUCUGUGACUGUUCCCUUUAUUCAUUGCUGAUCUUCUGGUAUCGCAGACACUUUAGCUCAGUGAUGGAUUUUAAGAAUGAUUAUACCUGUCGCCUGUGGUCUGACUCCAAGCACUCCCAGCAGUUGCUUCUGCUCCAGGAAAGCUUUCUGAAUUGCUCGGACAGUAUCAUCAAUGGCUCCUUCCGUGCACUUGGCUUUAUUCAUGAAGCUCAAGUCGGGGAAAGGCUGAUUGUCCCCUGUGACAGCAAGACAGGCAAUGCAAAUACCGAUUUCAUUUGGGUCCGUCCGGAUAACAGGCUGCUGGAGCCCGAUAAAGAGCUGGAGAACUUUCACGUGUUUCGCAAUGGAAGUCUGGUCAUAGAAAGUCCUCGCUUUGAGGAUGCUGGAGUCUAUUCCUGUAUUGCCAUGAACAGGCAGCGCCUCUUAAACGAGACGGUGGAUGUCACCAUCAACGUAAGCAAUUUCACCGUAAACAAAUCCCAUGCCCAUGAGGCAUUUAACACAGCAUUCACCACCCUCGCAGCCUGCGUGGCCAGUAUCGUUUUGGUACUUUUGUACCUCUAUCUGACGCCGUGUCCUUGCAAGUGUAAAACCAAGAGACAAAAAAAUACUCUCAACCAAAGCAAUGCCCAUGCGUCUAUUCUCAACCCCGGCCCUGCCAGCGACACCCCCACUGACGAACGGAAGGCAGGGGCUGGGAAAAGAGUGGUGUUUUUGGAACCCCUGAAGGAUACCGCUGCAGGGCAGAAUGGCAAAGUCAGGCUCUUUCCCAGUGAACCGGUCAUAGCCGAGGGCAUCCUGAAGUCCACGAGGGUGAAAUCCGACUCCGAUUCGGUCAAUUCCGUGUUUUCAGACACACCCUUUGUGGCGUCCACUUAAUUUUGUGCCUGUCUGUGUAGGCUGUAGUCAUUUAAUCACUCCGUACUUAACUUUCCAUGCAGUUUGCAGAAUAAACAGGAGGACAGAAA